AAAACAAACUUUAAAGGUAUUUAAACAAGAGCUAACACGUACACAAUGAAUAAAGACUCACACGCCGAACAGGACAAGACUGAAGAUUAUAAGACUCUCUUAUGAUAAACUGCUCGUGUGACCCUGUCUCCAGAAAUGCUGCUCAUCUAUCUACUUGAAUUAAAAGAAUUGAAAUAAAAUAGAAAAUUACUGAACUCAAACCGAUAAUUUCCGCCUUUAAAUCAAUACUAAAAUCAAUAAAAGCAAUGAAUUCACCAGAAGCUGUACCGACUCCUCCAAGCAAACCUCUGCUUGAUGAACCGCGACUCACCGCCACCAUAGACACUGGGAAAGGGCUAUACAGUGUUAGCUGUCUCAGUGAUGAAGAAGUCUGGACAUGUGGGGAUAAAGGUUUCAUGAAGCUCUUCAACCUCCAGUGUAAACUACUGACAUCAAUACAAACUGUGUCAGGGAACAUGCCAAUAGACAUAACAGUGACACGGGAUGGAGAUCUUGCAUAUGCUGACUAUAAAACUAAAACUGUAAAUCUAGUGAAGAAUAUACAGAUACAGACUGUGAUCACACUACAGGGGUGGGGACCUCGCAAUAUCUGCGGUACUUCUUCUGGUGACCUCCUGGUUACCAUGGACAGUGAUGAUCUGACAGAAUCCAAAGUUGUGCGAUUCUCUGGCUCCACAGAGAAACAAACCAUUCAGUCUGAUGAUCAGGGGCAACCUCUAUAUUCACCUCACUGCACUAAAUACAUUAGUGAAAACAGGAACCUGGAUAUCUGUGUGGCUGACUUUGACUCUAGUGCAGUAGUGGUGGUCAAUCAGUCAGGAAAACUCCGGUUUAAAUACACUGGUCAUCCCUUUAAUACCGAGGAAAUAUUUCGUCCAUUCGGCAUCGCUACAGACAGCCAGAGUCACAUCAUGACAGCAGAAAGUUCCUAUCACCGAAUCCACAUCAUAGAUCAGGACGGACAGUUCCUCCGUUACAUUGAGAACUGUGAUUUACGUAGUCCAUGGGGUUUAUGUGUGGACAUCAAAGACAACCUCUUUGUGGCUGAAAGUGACACAGCUAAAGUGAAGAAAAUCCAAUAUCUCUGAAAGCAGUGUUAAUAACACAUCUACUAGCAAUUUUCUAUCUAUAUACAAUAUUUUUGAGCACACGUGAAUCAUUAAAAUCAACGUAUUAAAGGUAGAUCAGUUAGUGUGAUGUACUAAAAAAUUUCACCUCAUUAUUUUGUGUGUAGCCUUGAAUUAUAAUACACCCAUAUGUACACAUAUACGUUGUACUUCUAUUUGUGUGAUGAAUUACUAAUUGAGCAUUUCCGUUUGUUAAUUAUAUAUAUCAAUAUGUGUUUUAUUUUUCAAUGUAUAUAUUAGAAAAACAAAAUACAGAGUUCAGUCUUGCAUAAUUCCCGAGUACUUAUAUGUGUAAUACUGUAAAAAAGAGUGACCCCACAUG